AUGGCCUCUGUCUCAUCUCUCGAUAAAGACCUUUCAAGGCUUCGUCUCGCCAAAUACACGGCCCAGGAUUCACAGGAUGUUAAGGACUGGAUAGGGGGUAUCUUGGGUGAAACUUUGCCAGCAGGCGACUUGAUGGUUGUUUUGAAAGAUGGUGUAGUUUUGUGCAAGCUUGCCAACCGCCUCGAAACCUCCAAUCCUAAAUUAAAGUUCAAAAAGUCCGCCAUGCCAUUCGUUCAAAUGGAAAAUAUCUCUCAUUUUCUCUCCUUCGUCUCUCGCUCCCCGGUCUCACUUGCAGCCCACGACGUCUUCCUCACUGUCGACCUUUUUGAGCAGAAAGAUCCCGCUCAAGUUGUCCAAUGUCUUGGGGCCUUCUCCCGCGCCGCUAAUAAACUUGAUCCGAUUUCUUUCCCUACAACUCUUGGUGGUCUUAAAAUACCUACAUCAACUGCUGCCCUCUCACCUCAGCAUUCUGGUGGUUGGUCGCCUGGGAAACGAAGUGUUUCUGCAGGAUCUACUGGUGGGGUUGCAAAUGCGUAUGUUCAAUCCGCAGCUGCUAUAGGUGCACCAACGCCUUUUGGGAAGCCAACCAUGCCUCCCAAAAAGCCAGUCGUGAGCUCAUGGAGCAAACCAACUGAUGAGAAAGGCACUGCCCCGGCGUGGAAUAUUGCACAGUACGGCUACAUGGGUGGUGCAUCGCAGGGAAACCAAGGGGUUUCAUUUGGUUCACGACGACAAAUCACCAAUCAACCUGUUGUCAAAGGCCCCUCGUUGGAUGAUCGUGAGAAACUUCGGAAGAAUUCUACGGAUGAUGCACAGCGUAUUCAGGAUGCGUCCCAAGAGAGGAGACGCGCCGAAGAAGAAAGAUCACAUAUCGAAGACGAAAGAAGGGAGGGUCAAAAGCGGAAAGAAGAAGAAGAGAGAAAAAACAUUGAAGACGAAAAAAGACGGAGAGAGGAGCAGAUACGUACUAAGGAGGAAGAGCGAAAACGUAUUCAGAAUGAGGCUGUGCGAAGAGAAGAGGAACGGAAACGUAUCGAGGACGAUGAGCGUCGGAAGCGUAUCGAGGACGAUGAGCGUCGAAUUGCUGUUAUGGAAGCAAGGAGACAUCGUGAACAGUUAGAAGAGGAGACUGCACUAGAAAUAACACAGAAAAGGCAGAAGGAAGACGAAGCUCGUCGAGUUCGCGAUGCAGAGACUCAACGAAAGCUCGAUACUGAGAAAUUUGAGCGUGAGCGAGAACGAGAGAGAAUCCGACAACUGGAACGUGAGCUUGCGAAAGCUCGCGAACGUGAACGUAUAUAUGAAGCUGAGAAGGAAGAACGGCGCCGGCAAGAUACAGAACGAAUGCGCCGUGAUGCGCAGGAAGCUGUGAUCCGAAAGCAUAAAACUGGGGAUACCACCUAUGGCCAACGGACUGACGAUCGAGAUCCGUUCUAUAUUCGUUCACACAAGACGGGUGAUCGAGAGAGGGAAAACAUGGAGGCAGAGCGUCGUUUCCUUGCCGGAGCUUGGCGUGCAGACAUAACCACCCCGCCAUCAACAACAAAUUCUACGCCAUUAUUCCCCCAGCACACUCCUGGUACGCCUCCGCCGCACCCCCCAAGAGCACUCCCCACACCACCUCCACGCAAACUUCCCCCUGUACCAACAACCCCAAAUAGGGUCGGUGCGUUACCGAGUAGUCGAUACUUUGCGCAAGAGCACCUCGCGAGUGAGCCAAUGGGUCGAAGUGGUUCCUGGGAAACCAAUGAUGAUGGUGCAGCAGUAGCCCUAGAACGUGAACGCGCCGAGAAACGAGAAGCAGAAAAAAGACAAGCUUAUAAAUGGGCCAGCAUGUCUCUUUUGGAGCGGGAACGGGAGAGGGAGCGGGAGAGGCAGAGAGAGUGGGAAGCCAAUCAAAGAGAGAUGGAAGAAAGACGCGAGAGAGAAGGCGCCGGUGAUGACGGGCCUGCAUGGGACGUUAACCAAUAUGGAUACAUGGGGGGUGCCGACCAAGGAAAAAUGGGAGUGUCGUUUGGGGGCAGACGGCAGAUUAUCGGGCCAAGAGAUGUGCCCAAGAAGUGGUAA